CGCACCCCCUUCCGUGGGGGGCCCAGGUGUGAGUCAGGGGGCGAAGGUCGGUGUGGCCGUGUUUGCACACCCGGCACGGAAGUGGCACCGUCCCCGCGUGUCCCCGUGUCCCGCCCGGCGGUGCCUCCCGGCUGGAGCAGCCCCAGCGUGCUGUGAUGGCCCCGGACGCCUGAGCCCCUGCGGCGGGGACGAGCCAUGGAGACCGUUGUCAUUGUGGCCAUCGGGGUGCUGGCCACCAUCUUCCUGGCGUCCUUCGUGGCGCUGGUGGUGGUGUGCAGGCAGCGCUACUGUCACCCCAAGGACCUGCGCCACCACUAUGACACCAAACCCAUCGUGGACCUGAUGGGGACCACGGAGACGCCGUCAGAGCCCUCGGAGCUGGAGCUGGACGACGUGGUCAUCACCAACCCCCACAUAGAGGCCAUCCUGGAGAACGAAGACUGGGUCGAGGAUGCCUCGGGUCUGGUGUCCCACUGCAUCGCCAUCCUGAAGAUCUGUCACACGCUGACGGAGAAGUUGGUGGCCAUGACCAUGGGCUCAGGCGCACGCGUGAAGUCCCCAGCCAGCCUGGGUGACAUCAUCGUGGUGGCCAAGCGCAUCAGCCCUAGGGUGGAUGACGUGGUGAGAUCCAUGUACCCCCCGCUGGACCCCAAACUGCUGGACGCGAGGGCCACGGCGCUGCUGCUGUCGGUCAGUCACCUGGUGCUGGUGACCCGCAGCGCCUGUCGCCAGCCAGCCGCUCGCCACUGGGUCGAGCGGUCACUGGCGGCCGCCGAGGAGCACAUGGCCGUGCUGCGCCAGGCCGCCAUGGCCACCGAGCCCGAGCGGCCACCAGCCCCUGGAGAGCCCCCCCGCCAGGAGCAGUCGGCCAUCUGACCCCAAUAAAGGCCCCGUGUGCCCCAACCCCGCACGGCGGCU